UCAUCCUAAGAUAACAACGUGUGGUGAUUGUAAAUUACGUAAAUAACAAAAUGACGAUAAAUAAAUUAAUCUUCGGAACAUUUACAGUGAUAAUAUUCAAUUUUAUAACAAAAAUCAAAAUGGAGGACGUGUAUUUCGCGCCAUCGUUGUUUUUAAAUCAUGGCGGCGGUCCGUAUCCCGUUUUGGGUGAAAAGUACAAUUUGGAAAUCGGUGAGGCGUUGAAAAAUGUCUCGAAUUAUGUGGAUUUGAGCCGUUUGAAGGCCAUUGUGGUAGUUACAGCGCAUAGAGAAGAGGAUGUAGUCACUAUAUCAUCUGCGGAGCGACAUUCCUUGGUCUAUGAUUAUUACAAUUUCCCACCAGAAAGUUACGAAUUCCAGUACAACGCUCCAGGAGAUCCAGUUUUGGCGGCAAGAAUACACGAAGCGUUCAGAACCGCGGGAAUCGAGUCACGAUUAGACGACCAAAGAGGUUGGGACCACGGAGUCUUUAUACCAAUGAUGUUGGUGAACCCCAAAGCAGAUAUACCUAUAAUACAAAUAUCUAUAUUGAAAAACCAAAAUGCGGUGCAACAUUACGAAAUUGGUAGAGUUUUGUACCAAUUCAGGAAAGAAGGGGUCGCCAUCUUUGGUUCCGGAUUGUCAUACCAUAAUAUGGGCGAAUUUCGAAAAGCGAAACCAGAAACUGAAAAAGAUAUUGUUAAUACUGAAUUCGAUAGGUUUCUGAAUGAAGUUUGUACGGGUGAUGAAGAAAAUAGAAAGAAAAUUGUGUUUUGGGAGCAAGAGAAGGGAGGUUAUGACAGCCAUCCGUUGGGAGAGGCUGACCACCUCAUGCCGCUGAUUGUCAAUGCAGGAGCCGGUGGAACGGAACGCGGAAGAAAUAUAUUCAAUUCUGUAUUUCUGGGUAAAUUUAAAAUUAGCGGGUUUGUUUGGGAUUCCUAAAAUAUAGAAGGAAACUUCUUAAUUACAGGGUAUUUUCCUAAAUUUUAUUUUCAUGUCCGUCUGGUAGAUUAUUUUAAAACAUUAGACACGUAUUUUUUCUUUGCU